CGGACACCUUGCUGCCAUGGCGAUGAUUGCAGCUUCAGUGAUCCCACAUGUCCAGGCUCUGCCAUCAUCCACAGGCUUUGCUCAUGCUGAGCCGAGGGUGAGGUCUCCGAGCAGAAGCUGGAGCUUCAGUUGGAUCUCUACAGCAGCAGCUACCUUCGGAGUUGCUGUGGGGACUGGCAGGAGACGCUGCGCAUUCGAAAACACAUUGGCUGGAUCAACGAACAAGGUCGGUGACAUGGUCAGGUCUCCAGAUGUGGUGCGCUACCUGGUGACACCUGAGUUGUCGAGGUGGAAGAGACCUUUCAAACCUCGCAUUCGGCCCGAGAAGGACCACACAAGGUAUCCAGAUGAUGACCCCAGAAGGAGCAGGCCGUACUUCGCGAAGUAUGCCCUCAUGGCCAAAGAACUCUGCUGGGUCACCAGCUACCAACUGGAGGAGGCACGACGUGAGAUUGUCGCAGCCACCAACCGAAGUGCCAAGGUGUACUUGCGCGUCUACCCGCACAAUGCUGUUUCCCAAAGGAUCGCUGAUAGCCGGAUCGGUGCCAGCAAGGGCAAAUUUGAGUACUGGGUGGCCGCACUCAAACCUGGGGUGGUCAUCUUUGAGCUCGACGUGGAGUCAGAGGAGCUGGCAAGGAUGGCCCUGAAGGCAGGUAGUCGAAAGUUGCCUUUCAAGGUGGGCUUUCAGAUGCGCGAGGAGGGCCCCUCUCUGUUCGAGAUUACGGGAUGACGGUGGUACGCUGCGGAUGGAAAAG